CAGCAGCUCGCGACGCGACCUCCCUCCAUUGGGAAAGCUCGAGCGCGUCUGAGGGGAGAGAAAACAGCCCCUCGUUAGCCUGGAAAAGCUUCGAAACUGCGCCUUUAUCGCAGCUCACGUAUCCGUGAGGUUCGAGCUAAGACAUGCGCGGUACCGUUGGAGGAUACCACGUCAGGUUCCCCGAACAUUGGGAUCGUUAACGCUCCGUUAAACGAGCUGAGGGAGAGGCUUCAUUAGCGAGCUAACUGACGCUAGCAGCGAACUGCGUGAAAACUUCGAGCCGUAGAGAGAAUUUGCCAUUGGGAUUGAAAACCAGGAUACCUCACCAGAGGUUUUUUUUUUCUUUCGUCUUCUUCUAUCGCUUCCUAGACAGUUCAGCUUCAUUUAACCGGAGGAAGACGUUAAGUAAUCGCUUUGUUUACCGCUUGCACAAUUCCAGCAUUGAUUCGCGCAGAAAUGAGAUUAGAGAGUCGCUUUGUGAGGCCAGGCCAUGAACUCAAAACACUGAGCAGGCCUGUUAACUAGAGAUCUGCUUAUAUAAACUACCCGUUUGACUGCUGGAGAGGAGAUUCGAGGAAGAAAAAGCUGCUGUUACCGGUCAUGUUUUACGUGAAGACCGUGUCAAGAAUCGGAUGAAAGAGCAUCGGGAUUAUUACUCUCUGUUUUGUUUCCGUUGCUGGGAUUUGAUACGCGCACAAAUAUAUGAAUAAGAUGUCUAGUGCUAAGGAAAACACGUGUAGGAAAUUUCAAGCGAACAUUUUCAACAAAAGCAAAUGUCAGAACUGCUUCAAGCCUCGAGAGCUGCAUCUGCUGACGGACCAGGAUCUGAAUCAGGCCAAGCCGAUCUAUGGCGGAUGGCUGUGUUUGGCUCCAGAGGGGACGGACUUCGACAAUCCCAUGCAGAGAUCCCGGAAAUGGCAGCGGCGAUUCUUUGUUCUCUAUGAACACGGCUGCUUGCGCUUCGCUCUGGAUGAAUCGCCAAGUACUCUACCGCAAGGGACGGUCAAUAUGAACCUGUGCACUGAUGUGAUCGACGCCGAGGCCAGGACCGGUCAGAAGAACGCUCUGUGCAUCAUCACGCCGGAGCAGGAGUACUACAUACGAGGAGACAACAAGGAGAUCAUCAAUGGGUGGAGUGAACAGCUAGUGGUUUAUCCAAGAACCAACAAGCAAAAUCAAAAGAAGAAACGCAAAGUGGAACCAGCAACCUCACAGGAACCAGGCCCGGCAAAGGUAGCGGUGACCGGCUCAGGCAUCCCAGAAGCAGAGAAGACUCCAGACUCCAGUUCUAUCAUAUGGCAGGAGGAGCUGCAAAGCAGAGAGGCGGAUGUGUCCCAGACGUGGUCCACCAGCGAGAUGCAGCCUCUCGGCUCACCGCUGCCCUCCGCAGGUGAGUGGUCGAUGGUGAGCCGGAGCUCGGAUCAGAGCUCAGUGAACGGUGACGAGGUGGACCGAAGCGGGCUCUCCUUCCACUCGGCUGCUUCCCAGCACUCUCAUGACCCCCUGUCGCCCACGGGCAGCUCGUCCAGCCGGCACAGUGCAGAGAUGGGGGGCGUCCCGCGCUGCCUGUCUCCGGCUCCUAGCGACCCCUUCCCAUCAGGCAGCAGCCUGCUGUCCAACGGUUCCCACAUCAGCGGCUCCAUGAGUUCUCUAGACUCGGAUGCCAGCGGCAGCACCGUCACUAGCACCGACAGCCACCCGGCUGAACCUUUCGGACGUGCGCACCGCGCUCUGUCCCGCCGUGCAGAAGCCGAGACCCGCAAACCGGAGAAACGGAGUCGCCUGCGCAGUCCGGAAAGACAAGAGUCAGUGUUCAGCCCAGAGAGAAGUGGGCGCUCGAAUGUGAUUGAGAAGCUGGAGGCGUUGGAGCUGGAGCACGCUGAGAGAAUGGAGGUGGAGGAGAGAUGCAGUGGAGUCCGACAGGGCCGCAGUGAAAUGAGACGCUUCCAGCGGGAGGAGCAGAAGAUGGACCCGGCCCAGGGUUUAGACUUCCAUCCCUCCACCCUGCCGCCUCUGAGACGAGCCAAAUCACUGGACCGCAGGACCACCGAAUCAGUCAUGACCACGUCGUGUUCCUCGGGGUGUCACGUGUUCCUCUCUCCUGCACAGGUCAUCUCCAGCUCGCCGUGUCCAGACCUGCUGAACUUCAAGAAGGGUUGGAUGGUGAAACUUGAUGAGCAGGGCCAGUGGAAGAAGUAUUGGUUUGUGCUGACAGAUCACAGUCUACGAUACUACAAAGAUUCUAUUGCUGAAGAGGCGUCUGAUCUGGAUGGAGAGAUUGAUCUCAGCACAUGCUAUAAUGUUACAGAAUAUCAAGCUCAACGGAACUAUGGCUUCCAGAUCCAUACUCAAGAGGCGGUGCACACACUCUCCGCAAUGACUGCAGGAAUACGCCGCAACUGGAUCCAAGCGGUUAUGAAAAACGUCCGGCCGUCCACUGCACCAGAUGUUGCUAGCCUGACAGAUGAGCACGCUUCCUGCGGCCCGUUUGAGAGUCUCGCCCGUCCUGACAUCACUCAGGACUCCCCGUCCUCUGAAGCCUCGGCUGAGCGGGAAGGUGGAUUAAAGAAGAGUCGAGCGAGAGAACGGAGGCGAGAAGGACGCUCCAAAACGUUUGACUGGGCCGAGUUUCGCCCCAUCGCCCAGGCUCUGGCGCAGCAGAGAGCGCACGAGGCCGACACCUUCCAGGCCGAGCUAGCCGAGAGAAACAAGAGGAGGGAGGAGAGGCGGAGGAGGUACGAGAGCGUCACCGGCUCGUCCUUCGAUCCGCCCGCUGAUCCCCCAAAGAUGGAGUUUGAGAGUGUGGGCGUGGUCCAGGUAGAUGCUCCGCCCCCAUCGCUGGAGCGGCAGCAGAGAGUGGAGGACGAGAUCGAGCAGCAUUGGCAGCAGGUGGAGAAGACACCCAUCAGGGAGGAGAGGAGGGUGCCUUUGCCCUCCACACACCACAACAGAGACGCAUCAGAGCUGGAGAAACUCGUCGAGAGCUACAAAAAAGGGGUUGAAGAGCUGAAAGCUCAGUUGGAGAGCUGCCAACAGCAUUUAAUGGACUCCAAUCGGCACAAGCUGGAGCUGGAGGGUCAGCUCAAAAACGCUCUCGAGCAUGAACAUCAGAUCCGUGCUGGUUACAUUUCACCGCUGGAGUCCCCUUUGAGUGUUGAGACAGAGCCCCAGAUGAAGAGGACUGAACUGGUUAGUUCUCAAGCUCAGAGCUUAACAAAGAAGUACCAGGAAACCAAAGAGAUCCUGCAGCUUCAAGAACUGAAAAAGCGCAACAUGCAGGCACAGCUUGGCCUUUCUCUCUCACACUGGCCCGCAAAGGAACCUUAUCUUUCUGACACCAAAAAACCUGCUACCACCGAGGUCUGUCCCUCAAACCCCAUUCAGAAAACGGUCAGCUUCGUGCUUCAGGAUAGCGAGGGAAAGAUCAGAGAGCUAGAGAGCUUGAUAGAUGCCAGUGAGCCUCUGACAUUAAGAGAGCUGAUGAAGCUCAUGUUUUUGCAUAGCGAAUACAUUUGGGUAGAAAGUCCUCAAGGACAGGAAAGAAGUGAGUCAGUAGGAGAAAUGACGCAGAAACUGUUGGAAAGCCUCAAGAACCAGCAGGAGAUUGAGAAUGAGACGAGGAAAAGCUUGGAAAAGGCUGGGGACUGUAUUCGGGAUUAUGAAGCUCGUUUGGUCACCAUGGAGGACAUGUUGGGAAGAGUUCAUAGGCAGAAAAUGGAGAGUUCGUUGGUAUUAAGCUGCUCGAGAGAAGAUCCUCUGGAUCUGUCGCAGCAGGUGGAGUUGCUCGUGGGCGAAAAUGUAGCUUUGAACCAGCGCUAUCAAGAAAUUAUGAACCAGUUGAUAGAAGCGGAUCGAGAAAUAGACAGACUGAAAGCUGAGCUUUUUAGUUUACGUAGCAGUCAGCAAUAUCCACAAUCCAACAUGGAACAGGAGCAAGAAAACAAAGAGACCGCCGAGAAAAACGUGUAUGAGCGAGAACUCUAUGAAAAGUCACAGAUGCUACAAGAGGCUCUUAUUAAAUUGGAAACUCUUGGAAAUACUUUGAAAGAUACAGAGAAGAGAUUGCAACUUAAAGAAGCUACGCUUAGGGGUCUUGGAUUUCAGGAGGCAGAGAGUGAAAAAAAUGAUAAAGAGUUAGAUUCGGAGACAGACGACCUCAAGCGCCAAUUGGAGGUCCUUCAGUCCCAGCUUUCAGAGAAGGACAAGCAGCUUCAAAAUACUGAGCAGGUCUGUAGAGAACUUCAGUCCCAGAAUGCGAAACACGAAGAGACAGCAAGGAUGUGUAGUCAGAUGCUUGUAGAUGCUCAGGAGGAAAUUAGGACGUUGAAAGAGAAGGCAGGCACUCAAGGUAUAUUUGGUAGUGAACCAGGAACAGAAAUUGGGCACCAAGAAUUGGUGCAAAAACUCACAAAUGAAGGUGGAAUUGAGGAAGUGGUGGAAGAGUUCAAGAGCAGGUCUAAAUCUCUUAAUCAUCUACUUGACAUGUUGGUAAUAGGCAGUAAGACAGAUUUGUCCAACACUGGCAUGGACACCAACAUUUUGGAUGAGAAUCAGGCAGGAAUGAUGGAGAUGUUUGAGAGAAUGAUUCUGCGUAAGGUUUUAGCUGGUUUAGAGGACUGUCGGAAAGGCUCAGAGGUUGAGCAAACCCUAAGGAAUGUUGUAGAACGUAUGCUAGUGGAUAAUAAAAUGCUGCUGCUUAUGAAUAAGCUCUCCAAUCUCCAAGAAUUUCAAAGUGACGCAAAACCUGCAUCUUGCACAGACAAAAGCGCUGGAUAUGGAAAUGCACUGAUUGAAGAUGCAAUGAAACCGAAUGUUUUGAAUCGGUUGCUUGAUGAUGCUGCCAACCCCUGCGUGAUGAAAACUCUCACUGAAGUCAUUCAGAAGAAAGUUGCGUUAUUGAAUCAAACGGCUUCUGCUCUUAGGGAACAAAAUAAUGAGGAGCUUCACUCCUUGGCUUUGACUGUGUCAAGCUGUGGCUCUCAAAGAACCUGGUCUGAGUAUGUUCAUGAGGCCAUAAUGGACAUAACAUGCAUGUUUUUGGUAGUUCUUCAAAUGUUGCCAAAGGCAAGACCAUCAGACCUGUCUGCGUGUGCAAAUUGUGCUGAUCUGAGAGCACAACUGGAGUCUGAGAAGCAGUGUAUCAGUGUAGCCCACAUUCAGAUCGAAGGAGAACCAAUUGACUCUCUGGACAAGGCCAUACAGCUUCAGGACCUGGUGGCCAAGCAUAAGAAGGAGAUGCGAGAAUUAAAGGAGGUGUAUGAGCUCGAAGCAGAAAACCUGAGACUGGAAGUGGCCAAGGCUGGUGAGACUCUGAGACUGCGAUCCGAGGAAAACGUGAAAGAGAUCGACUCUCUGACAGUGUGCAUGGAGAACCUGAAGAAGAAGCACGAGAUGGAGCGUAAGGACUUAAUAGCACGCUUCAAUCAAGAGAUGGAAGAGCUAAUGGAUGCUGUCGGUCCUGUCGAACCUGCAACGGAUGGCAAGCCAAACACAAGUUCCCUCAAAGUGCGGAUCCAAAAACUUGUUUCCCGGCUGUCCGAACUGACUGAAGAAAUUAAUCUGCGAGAUCGGGAUGGGGAAGCGGCAUUGCUGCGUUUGAAAUACCAGAAAGACCUGGAAAACCUAAAGGCGACAUGUGAACGAGGCUUCGCCACCAUGGAAGAGUCUCACCAGAAAGUUAUUGAUGAGCUGCAGAAAAAGCACCAGCGGGAACUGGAGAAACUGCAAGAGGAGAAAGAUAGACUGCUGGCAGAAGAGACCGCAGCCACUAUAGCUGCUAUUGAAGCAAUGAAGAAUGCACAUCGGACGGAGCUUGAGCGGGAACUGGAGAAAGCACGCAAGGCCAACAGCAACAAUGAAAACGCAGACAUAGAGGAAAUCCGCAAACAGCACGAGGAAGAGCUGGUGUCAUACCAGAGGGAGAUCGAGGUGUUGUCAGAGCAGUACUCACAGAAGUGCUUAGAAAACGCUCAUCUGGCCCAGGCGCUGGAGGCCGAGAGACAGGCGCUCAGACAGUGCCAGCGGGAGAACCAGGAACUCAAUGCACACAACCAGGAGCUGAACAAUCGUCUGGCAGCUGAGAUCACGAAGAUGCGAUCGAUGGCGAGCGAAGACGGAGGAGACACUGGCGGGGUCAUGCAGGGGAAGGAGCUGUAUGAGCUGGAGGUGAUGUUGAGGGUGAAGGAGUCAGAAGUGCAGUAUCUGAAGCAGGAGAUCAACUCUUUAAAAGAUGAGCUACAGAACGCCCAAAGAGAUAAAAAAUAUGCAACCGAUAAAUAUAAGGACAUCUACACGGAGCUGAGCAUCGUCCGGGCCAAAGCAGAGCGUGAUCUGAGCCGACUGCGUGAGCAGCUGCAGCAGGCCCAUGAUGCACUGGGGGAGCCCUCGCUGGAGGAGGCGGAGCGAGGCAGUUACGAUAUCAUGAAGUCAAAGAGCAAUCCUGACAUUUUAAAGAUGGCGGCCGCAGCAGCCAAACGCUCAGAACGCGCCAUGAGGUCAAAGAGUCUGAAGGAGGGUUUGACGGCGGAGCAGAGACUUCACUUGUUCGACAACAAGGACACUAAGGACUUCUGACACGGCCUCGCUGCAUGCUAAUAAAUAGCUGCGUAUUUUAGCCCAAUAGUUAAUCACUUAGAGACACACUGGUCACAGCUACAGCGUAUAUUAAACAUGGUAUGAAGUUUGAGUUUUAUGUCUAUAGUCUGCAUUUCAUGCACUUCAGUUACUGUGACGUUGUUGGUUUGUUUUCAUUGCCAUGUCUUAAUGUAAAUACUUUGUUUUUAAUGAAGCAUCUAUCAUGCAUACACUAAACACGACUGUGUAAGCUACUGUGUGAACUCUUUAGUUUGUGUGAAUCGCUAGUGGAGGAAGUAACCCACGUCAUGACUCCAUACUAGUUUUACACACUACUUUUAGCGAAAUGGGAUGCAUAUAAAAUAGCUGCAUUUAGUCGACGCUUGCAUCAUUAACCGCUGAGCUUCUACAGCAUCUCCUGAUGUUUUAAAAUAAAGGACCAUUUCUGAUGACUGUAAAACACACAGGGACAGACCUGGGAGGGUUUGGGCUGCUCUAAAGAAUAUUAACAAGGCUGUAUUAGGUUGCCUUUAUGAAUGAAUACUGGUCCACUCACAUGAAUGGGAGGUUUUUUGUUUUGGUUUUUUUUGAUUCAUCAAGCUGAUAAAGUCAUAAAAUGUAGUGUUGUUCAGUGGCAGUCCAUUGUAUUUAUUUAAAUGUUAUGAAUUUUUGUCUCACAUUUCCGUUCAUCUAUACAUUAUUGUAAAUAUACUGCAGAUGUACACGAACUGACAACAGGUUUAUUAGCAAUAAAUAUUUUUGCACCCUCUUUU